AUGUAUAGCUGUGCAGAAGGAAUCGGCGCCGUGGCACGGAUCGUCAGUCAAGAAACAACGUGCACCGUGCUACUGCAAGUGUUUGACGAACUUAGUGAGCAAGAACCCUGGGGUGUGCGGAAGAGCUGUGUGGAUAGCUUUCUGGAUGUAGCACGCAAUGUGACCCCAGAGAUACGCGAGAACCAACUGUGUGAUGCGAUUCAACGGCUGGCAGAGGAUUCCAGUCGAUGGGUGCGCGCGGAAGCUUGGCGGGUAUUGGGUCCAUUCAUAUACACAUUCACAUCCACCAAUAAAUCGUUGGCAGCCUCUGCCAGUACGGAGGAAAUAGCUGAUACUGAAUCCACUGCGGACAAGACUGCAUCACUGGAAAGCAUAGAGGAACAAGCCACACUAGAUGUGGCCGCUCUCGAGAGGAAAAUGGAGGACAUAUCCGUCUCAGAAAGCACAGAAACCCCUUCAUUGGCGGAUAAAGAUAAACUGGGCUUUUCUGGUUCACCGCCAACCUCGCCGAAGGUCCGACCACCAGAGAUUACGGUCACGGCGCACGGUAGCGAUGGUAGUGGGGGCGAGAGUGACGCUAGUGCUGGAGAAACCACGGAUGAAGGGGGUGUUACCAUUGAAGUAUCGGAUAUAAGCGAAGCGAACGCGACUGAGGAGGAGGAUGAGAGCAGCGACAAUGCAUUCCAACCGCAGGCCCAGAUACAUGUACCCGAGCGCAUCAUCAACCUGUACAAGAGCAUGGCGUCUGUGCAGAACAAGAAGGCGGCGACCACUCUGGACGGUGAUAUGGUCUUCCACUGUGCGUAUAACUUUCCGGCCGUGUUGCUAGCCCUGGGCCCCGGAAUGUGGCCGUCGUUCGCCCCAAUGUACAAUACGCUGGUUGAUGAUCUGCAGUGGAAUGUACGAAGUACCCUCGCCCAUUCCAUUCAUGAAAUUGCGAAGAUUAUCGGCCGCGAGAAGGCGGAGACCGACCUCGUGCCCACCUUCAGCAAGUUCCUCAAUGAUAUGGAUGAGGUCAAAACGGGGGUGGUCAAGCACUUUGUCGAGUUUAUUUCAUGUCUUUCUGAAACGAAGCGCCUGUCGUACCUUUACCAACUGGAUGAAAUUGUGCUGACAUCAAAUAAGCACAACUGGAGGUAUAAGGUGCUCUUCAUCGAGCAAUUGGCGAACAUGUGCGACAUCUUCACUCCGGAGGAGCUGAUGGAUGACGACGGCGCAUUCGCCCAUUUAGUACUGCGCUUGGCUGAGGACGAUAUCUACUCAGUGAGAGAAGCGGCCUACGAUUCGCUCGGCAAGUUGUUCAAUAAACUCUACAUGACUGGAAAGGACGAACUCUACGCCGAUGUAUCCAAUGCCAUUCUGCAUGAUUUUCUACAAAGCAAAAGCUCAAUCUACCGCCAAAACUAUGUGCACUUGUGCUACCACCUAGCCUCGGUUUGCGACGCCGAAGUGUUCCGCGAGGUUUUCCUGACCAAGUUGACCAAUCUCGCCACAGACAAAGUUCCAAAUGUGCGCAUCUCACUGGCUGUCUUGAUUCCCGAAUUAGCACAUUCCGAGAUAUAUGGCAAGGAUCCUAGUGUGCUCGAAAUCAUUGAUAUCUUGAAGAAGGAUUCGGACAAGGAUGUGCAGGCGUGCAUCAGCACCUACGUGGCGGUCUAAACACGACGGUGCGCUGGGGGCAGAUACUUUGGGUCAAUUCGUAGUACGUUUGGCUCGAUGGGUCAGGAUGUGAUUGCUGCCGGCAACACAUACGCCCACGCACAAGGUUCUCGUGAGGACGUUGCGCAAAUCCCACACCGAACGGACGGGGCGACGACAGCAAGUCAGAACAGCCUGUUUGAUGGUUUUCGACAUGUGCAGAACGCCAAUACAACUCAUGGGCUGGUCAGCUGCUGCCGCGGCUGUUUAUUCUCGAGCGUGGUAUAACAGGGUGCCGCCAGUUGCACCCGAGCGGCUAAGACAGACACUUUGCAAGCGUGUCGGUAGGGGCGUGGUAGACCUUACAUCGUUACGAUCAGUACCAUCUAGGAGCGGCGCCGUGGCGGGUAUCAGUGUAGGAUGAUGUUGUGCGUAAAAUUACAUGGUUCCUGUGCCACUUCUCCUUGCUUACCUGCAGCCGGGGUGUUUCCAACGCCAAACAGUGGUGUGCAGGCAUAGAAUAAAUAUGGGAGGCAUUGACGAUCGGAAUAAAGCGGAACUUCUACUGGA